AUGUACUGCUUGACCGAUCCAUACUGCUGGCUGGACUCCAAUAUGACGCGACCUCCACAAAGACCCAUCAAGCGACUUCUUAUCGCGAAUAGGGGAGAGAUAGCAACACGAAUAAUCUCUUCAGCCCGAGAACUUGACAUUGAGACGUUUGCAAUCUACGUGUCAGGGGACGACUCGCAUGCCGUCCGAGCAAACCAUGCGAUCAAGCUGUCAUCAGCUCCAUCAUUCAUGAGUAUUCAUGAUCUUGUCGGCAUCGUUAAGAAGCACCAAAUCGAUGCUGUACAUCCAGGAUACGGCUUUCUAUCAGAGUCGGAAGAAUUCUCGAAGAGAAUCUGGGAAGAAACCGGCGCAGUAGUUGUCGGCCCUGGGUGGGGCAUUUUGAGUAAUACUGGAGAUAAACUCAAGGCGAGAGAGCUUGCUCAACAAUGUCACGUCCCAGUGUCUCCAGCACUCCAGCAUCCGACUAAUAAGGUUGAAGACGUCCAACGCUUCGCAUCCGAAGUAGGCCUUCCGAUCAUGGUCAAAGCAGUAGAUGGAGGCGGUGGCCGCGGUAUCCGUCUCAUCCGCAGCGAAGACCAGCUUGCAUCCUCGGUGAAGAGAGCAGUCGAAGAAAGCCCGUCCAAGCAAAUUUUUGCAGAAAAGGCUGCAGUCGAUGGCUUCCGACAUAUCGAAGUACAAAUAAUUGGGAACGGUACUGGAAACGUGACGCAUCUAUGGGAACGCGAAUGCAGCAUUCAGAGAAGAUACCAGAAGAUCGUUGAGCUAGCACCCAGUGUGGUGUCUGACAGAGACUUGAUCGCACAGGUCAUCCAAAAUGCUCUGACAAUGGCGAAACAUAUACACUACUUCUCCCUCGGCACCUUUGAGUUUCUCGUGAAUCCAUCGACGAAAGAGUACUACUUUUUGGAGGUUAACCCUCGCUUACAAGUCGAGCACACGAUUACGGAGUCCAUCUCCAUGACUGAUAUCGUCAAGGCACAGCUAUUACUCUCUCAGGGUGCUUCUUUGAAUGACUGCGGCCUACCAACCGCGGAAAGAAACCCGAAAGUUCCUCCUCCAGCGCGUUCGAUUCAGCUGCGUAUCACAGCGGAGAAUGUUCAAAGUGACUGGUCAUUGUCAAUCGGCAAGAUCACAUCUUCACAGUUUCCGUCGGGCAACGGCAUUCGAGUUGACACACAUCUCAUCAGCGGCCGACCCGCCGUGGUAUCCGCAGAUUUCGACAGUCUGAUCGCAAAGGUCAUCGUUACAGCUUCGUCGUGGAAAGAUGCCGUUCGCAAAGCCCAGCGAGCUCUAGAUGAUACACGAAUCGCUGGAGUGAAGACAAACCUCGACAUGUUAAAAGCUAUCGUUGCGCACCCAGACUUCCUAAACGGACAAUGCGACACGCAAUGGCUAGAAAGCAAACAAACCGAGCUGCUCCAAUCAAGCCAAACUAUCGCUUCAGCUACCCCAAACACCCUAAACUCAGACAUCGCGCCAUCCUCCUCACCAGCCUCAGUCUCAACAGCUAACACACUCUUCCGAAAAGGCGACGCUUGGUCCAUUUCCAUCUCCACUCCCACCACAAAAGCUGGCGAGAAACCACCACCCCACCACCUCGAACUAACACGCGUCCUGCGAAACGACUUUCCUACCUCCCUUAGUGCAGAACUCCUCUUCACUACGCCUUCAACAGCUUUGUCUAGCAUGCCCCAAACAACACCCUACACCAUAACCCUCUCUUCAACCUCCGCCAGUGCAUCGGCCGCAACGUCGCACCACAGGCGAGGGAACCAGUCCGAUCCAUCGCAUAUUAGCAUCCCAUUCCCGGGAAAACUGGUAGAAGUGUUGGUCGACGAGGGUGACGUGGUGAAGGAAGGGGACGUUAUGUGUGUAGUCCAACAAAUGAAAAUGGAACUAGAAGUACGCAGUCCACGUAGUGGACGCGUGACGUGGGUUACGGAAGCGGAGGAUGGGGAGGAUGUAGCCGAGGGGGUGUUGGCUGCUAUCGUCGAAAGCUCUCAAGAAACGCGUCUUUGA